AUGAAUGCAACGAUACGACAAAAAUUGGAAAUCGCGUUGAAGCCAUCCCAUUUGGAUAUCGAAGAUUUCAGCGAUGGAUGUGGAUUGAAAUUUCGUUUGAUUAUUGUUUCUGAUAGUUUUGACAACAAAACAACUCUGGCAUCUCAUCGAUUGGUUUAUGAAGUUUUGAAGGAAGAAAUGCAACUAAUACAUGCACUAGAAAUCAAAACUUAUACACCUGAGAAGUGGGAUGCAAUAGAAGAAAGUAAAGAAAAAGACUUGUUGAAACUGACAUCCGGUGGUUCUACUAGUGAAGAUACUGAACAACAACCGAAUGAAGAAAUCAGUGAAAGACUUGCAACGGAAUUCGCUUCUGCUUGCACUUAUUUACCUAUUGCAAUUAGUGAAGGCCUAAUUUCACGUGAAGAUCAAUUAUAUUUUUAUGCUCGAUAUAAGCUUGUCACAUACGGGAAAGCUGAUCCCAGUAGAAGGCCCAGAAUAUACGAUAUUGCUAGUCGUGAGAAAUUCGAUGCUUGGUUAGCAUUGAGUAAUAUGUCAACAGCGGAAGCUAUGAGGCAGUAUGUUUCGAGGCUAGUUGAACUUAAUCUUGGUUGGGAUGCAAGCCAAACCUAUCGUAUUCGUUAUGGUGUUAGACCGAGUACAAUGGUGGACGCUGAAUCUACCGAAACUGAAUCAUCUGGCAUGAGUUUGGAGCAGAUAGAAUGGUUUGCUGCUUUAGAUGAAGGCAAUGUCAAGAAGCUGAAAGAUCUUCUAGUCAGCAAUCUAGGACUUCUAGAAGAAAGAAAUGAGAAUCAGCUAACUGCAUUGCACUGGGCUUCUGACCGUGGAAAAUUAGAACUUGUUGAGUUCCUCGUCGAUGCUGGGGCUGAUGUUAAUAUUCAAGAUUAUGGUGGACAAACGCCUUUGCAUUACGCCGUUUCAUGUUCUCAUCGGUCUGUAACCGAUUUUUUGCUCAAAAAUGGUGCUGAUCCAGCAGUGGCUGACUUCGAAGGAAACUGUCCGUUAGAUAUCGUCAGUGAUGCAGUUAUCAGGAAGAUGUUGGAAGAUGCUGUUCCGGAGAGAGAAACGAAGCCGUGA